GCGGGGAGGCGGCGGGCGCCGCCGGGAUCCCGGAGGAGCAGGGGCUGUCCGCGGCGGACGAGUCGCUGGAGGAGAAGCUGCGGAGCCUCACCUUCAGGAAGCAGGUGUCCUACAGGAAAGCAAUCUCCAGGUCAGGCCUCCAGCACUUGGCUCCUGUGCAUACCCUCAACAUUCCAGUCACCAAUGGACCUGUGAAGGAACCAAGAGCGGCCUUAGAGUGGACUGAAAAUGCUGUGAAUGGAGAGCAUCUGUGGCUAGAGACAAAUGUUUCUGGGGACCUCUGCUACCUGGGGGAGGAGAGCUGCCAAGUCAAAUUCUCAAAGUCUGCCCUGCGGAGGAAGUGUGCUGCCUGCAAGAUCGUGGUCCACAACGCCUGCAUGGAGCAGCUAGAGAAGAUUAAUUUUCGCUGCAAACCGACUUUCCGAGAAGGAGGCUCCAGAUCUCCAAGAGAAAACUUUGUGCGGCACCACUGGGUGCACCGGCGGAGGCAGGAGGGCAAAUGUAAGCAGUGUGGAAAGGGCUUUCAGCAGAAAUUCUCCUUCCAUAGUAAAGAGAUUGUGGCCAUCAGUUGUUCCUGGUGCAAGCUGGCGUUUCAUAACAAAGUCACCUGUUUCAUGCUACAUCACAUUGAGGAGCCAUGUUCCCUGGGGGCUCAUGCUGCUGUCAUUGUGCCUCCCACCUGGAUCAUUAAGGUGAAGAAACCUCAGAACUCCUUAAAGACUUCAACAAGGCGAAAGAAGAGAACGUCCUUUAAAAGAAAAGCCAGCAAAAGAGGAAACGAUGAUAACAAAGGCCGGCCUUUUGUGAUAAAACCUAUCUCCUCUCCGCUCAUGAAGCCACUGCUGGUUUUUGUCAAUCCAAAAAGUGGAGGGAAUCAGGGCACCAAGGUUCUCCAAAUGUUUAUGUGGUAUCUGAAUCCACGCCAGGUCUUUGAUCUCUCUCAGGAAGGGCCGAGAGAUGCGCUGGAGCUGUACAGAAAAGUGCCGAACCUGCGGAUCCUGGCGUGUGGCGGGGAUGGGACGGUGGGCUGGAUCCUGUCCAUCCUCGAUGAGCUGCAACUCAGCCCCCCACCUCCUGUGGCUGUCCUUCCACUUGGCACUGGGAACGACCUUGCCCGCACCCUCAACUGGGGUGGGGGUUACACAGAUGAGCCAGUGUCUAAGAUCCUGUGCCAUGUAGAAGAUGGAACCAUUGUCCAGCUGGACCGUUGGAAUCUCCAGGUUGAGCGCAACCCUGAUUUGCCCCAGGAUGAGCUGGAAGAUGGGGCACGUAAGCUUCCCCUCAAUGUCUUCAAUAAUUACUUCAGUCUUGGAUUUGAUGCACAUGUUACGCUGGAGUUCCAUGAAUCCAGAGAAGCAAAUCCAGAGAAAUUCAACAGCCGAUUUAGAAAUAAAAUGUUUUAUGCUGGGGCAGCCUUUACAGACUUUCUGCAAAGAAGCUCAAGAGAUUUAUCCAAGCAUGUUAAAGUUGUGUGUGAUGGUACAGACCUGACUCCAAAGAUCCAGGAGCUGAAGUUCCAGUGUAUAGUGUUUUUAAACAUACCCAGGUAUUGUGCUGGCACAAUGCCCUGGGGGAAUCCUGGUGACCACAGAGACUUUGAGCCCCAGCGUCACGACGACGGCUACAUCGAAGUCAUUGGCUUCACCAUGGCCUCGCUGGCUGCUCUCCAGGUGGGUGGCCACGGGGAGCGGCUGCACCAGUGCCGGGAGGUGACGCUUUUGACGUACAAGUCCAUCCCCAUGCAAGUGGACGGCGAGCCCUGCCGGCUGGCCCCCUCCCUCAUCCGCAUCUCCCUGAGGAACCAGGCCAACAUGGUGCAGAAGAGCAAGAGGAGAACAUCCAUGCCUUUGCUGAAUGAUCCUCAUUCCAUCCCAGAUCGCCUGCGGAUCAGAGUGAACAGGAUUAAUUUACAAGAAUACGAGGGGCUACAUUACGACAAGGAAAAGCUCCGGGAAGCCUCCAUUCCCCUAGGGAUCAUAGUUGUACGAGGAGAUUGUGACUUGGAGACUUGUCGUAUGUACAUUGACCGUCUGCAAGAGGACCUACAGUCAGUAACCUCUGCUACACAAAGAGUUCAUUACCAGGACCAGGAAAGCUCUUUCCCCAGAGUACUUUCUGUUCAGAGGCUCUCCCCUAGAUGGUGCUUCCUAGAUGCAACUUCUGCUGAUCGUUUUUACCGCAUUGACAGAUCUCAGGAACAUUUGCACUUUGUGACGGAAAUUUCGCAGGACGAGAUUUUUAUCCUGGACCCAGAGAUGGUAAUGUCUCAGCAGGUGGGGACGCCACCAGGAAUGCCUGACCUGGUAGUGGAGCAGGCAACUGGAAUAUCGGAGCGGUGGAACCCUGCGGUUCGGAAGAGGAUGCUGAGCGACAGCGGCCUUGGAAAGAUUUCUCCCCACUACGAGGUACCUGACAAACAAAAGGACGCCAGCCAGACACAUAUGCUGCAGUCACCGGUUUCUUCAGAAGAUCAAGCACUUUUACAGGCAGUCAUAUCUGGUGAUUUUCUGAAGUUCAUAGAAUGUUGUAAAAAAGGAGCCAAUUUGUUAAUCCAAGGACCUGAUCACUGCUCCUUAUUGCACCACGCUGCCAAGACUGGGAAUGGUGAGAUUGUGAAAUACAUCCUGGAGCAUGGUCCAUCUGAAUUGCUGGACAUGACAGACAGUGAAACGGGGGAGACAGCACUACACAAGGCAGCCUGCCAGCGCCACCGCGCCGUCUGCCAGCUCCUGGUGGAUGCAGGAGCCUCUCUGAGAAAGACAGACUCCAAGGGUAAGACCCCUCGUGACAGGGCUCAGCAAGCUGGUGAUCCAGAUCUGGCCUCCUACCUGGAGAGUCGACAAAACUAUCAAAUGGUUUCCCACGAGGACCUGGAGACAGCAGUCUGAUGUCUGAAAAUGUCCCAGAGGAUCCCUGGAAAUCUCGAGACUGCACCCGAGGCACUCGGGCCUCGUGUGAGGAAGAAACUGAUGGAACCCACGUGUCUCUCGCUCUCGAGGAAAAUACCUGAGGACAUGCCACCAGUUUCUAAGGGCUACUGAGUCUUGCUGGGAACGGUUCUGUUCCAUAAGUUAGCCCAUGAUGGAUGAGGUGGGACAUUCAAAGGUCUGUGGAAUCCAUAGGCCAUGAAAAUUUACCUUUAUUGCUUCCAGCAAGUAGCAUGAACUUCUCCCAUGUUCAUCUGUAUAAUUUAUUUAAAAAAAAAAGGAAAAAGGAAAGAGUAAAGAGGGUGUGGGGGAACAAAAUCCAAACGAACCGGUACAUUAAGCCACCCAACCAGGCUAUCCUCCAUCCUUACAGUUUCCUGCAUUGCUUUUAUUCUCCUGUUCCCCUCACUUCUCAUCAGUUAAAUAUUACCUGUUAUCUCUGUGUUGUCUUCACAAAUGGUCAGGCAGUAGCAAAAUGUUUGAGGAGCUCUGGAUGCCCUUAAGAAAUAUCCAGUGUUUUUACCAGCUACAUUCCCUCCCCUGCCAUCCUCUCAGAAGCUGUGUUGUCAGUACUCAGCCCCCAUGGAGUUUCCUUGCUUUUGGAGGGGAUGCUGCUUAUUGCCUUGUUUCCCAGGGUUUGGGCACAGUCAGAUUUACCGCAGUGACAAAACCCAACCUCAUCAUUGCUGGGCAUAUGGUUAUGGUAUCCUCACAAGACAGGCAUUUGUAUGGAAAAGAUCUCUAUGGGAUAUUGCAUGUUGAAAUGGCAGAGCAGAAAGUCAUCAGGAAGGUUUCUCAUAUCACUUUUAUGCCUGUAAUGGCUGACCCAGCUCUUCUCAGGUUUCCAGCCUGCCUAGAAGUUGAUAGCUUCUUUAGUUCUUUAUUUCUGAAAAGAUGGAUUUUACACUGGGGAGAGAUUUGUGCAAGGCUGAGGGAAUUCUGAUGGACUCGAUGGCAGACCCAGUCCCCUUUGCAGCACAGCCUGAGGGAGCAAGGAGACCUGGAACAUCAGCUGCCAGCCGGGGCUCACUGCUGCCAACAAACAAAUGGGCACUGGCCUGGUCACACUGGGAAUGGGAAAACCUCCUUUGGCUGAACCUGUAAACUAUCUGAUUCUUCAAGGGAGCCAAGUUUUGGGGAGUCUGUCCCUGGAGAAAGACAAGCAGCAGCUCUUUGCCUUGUUACCCACAAUAGGUUAGAAAUGUAAAGCUUAGCUGCUGUAAAGGCCAGCUGCGUCUUCUGUACUCAUCUGUUCUCUGUCUUAUAACCAUAAAAGAAGAGAAAGCAAACAAAUACACAGGCAUAAAUAAAAUGUUUCAUCUUUGGGUUUCCAAUUGCUACAGAUAUCUCAGUUGAUGAAAUAGCAGAGCUUCCACUUCUACUUUGUCAAACCAGUGCCCAUGAAGAUGCUCAUGGCUGACUUUUGGCAUAACUCUUGCAAUACAGUUUUGAAUUUUGCUUUGUUGUUUGAUUCAAAAGAUCCACCAGUGUUUGUUUUCACAUCCCUUGCUAGGGAUAGCUCUCUGAUAGAUGGUGAUCAUUGGGGUUACAUACAUUUGGAAACCAUGAAAAUAACUCAGGUCAUUAUCCAGAUAAGUUUUUCUUCUUUGGUAGAAGUGGAGAAAAUCAAAUGAAUGCAAUUUUUUUUUUAAGCACGAGUGAUUGUUGU